AUUUUCAUUAAACUUGUACUCUCUGCUUGUCCUUCUCCACUCACGCUCAUACAGAACAAGUCAGAUCUUGUAGGUUAGGAUGGGGAAAACCUCACUCUGUUGGGUGACUUUACUUUUGCUGCAUAUGGUCUUCAAUUUUGGACAUGCACAAGAUGUUCAGUUGACCCAUGACCCCAGUUCAUCCACUUUAUUUCUUGGAGAGUCUGUUACCUUCACAUGCAACAUGACAGCAGGAUACGACUCUAACUGGCGCUACCUAUUCCAUCGAAACGGUCAACACAUUGUCUCCAAGUCAGAUGUUUCAAAGUUCCUUCAACUCGACCUAACGACCGACCUGAGCGGGCGAUACCAGUGCUCCGCUUAUCAUAAGGACUCGCCAGGGUUCAUCAAGCAGAGUAACAACAUCACGCUUUCUGUGGCAGCCAACAGGCCUACAGCUACUGUGACUGCAGACAGGAAGACCAUUUCAGAGGACAGACCGACUGAACUUACCUGUUCAGUUCAAGACUCUGCCGGAUGGAAGUAUGACUGGUUCAGGCACAUAUUCUCUGAAGGCCAGAUUGAAAGCAAUGUUGUCAAAAACACCAUCAACAUCCACCGUGGAGGCAUCUACUGGUGCAGAGGAAGAAGAGGAAGCCCAGAUUUCUUGACUGAGCCCAGUGAAAUGUUCUACAUUGAGAACACAUUGUCCAACCAGGCAAAUGUUGCUUUGCAACAUGACUGGAGUCAGAUAUACAGCGGUGAGGCAAUAUCCAUGAGCUGUGAGAUAAAGGGAGGAGGAAACUCUAAGUGGGAAUACGAGUGGAGAACAACAACUUCAAAGCCGCCAUCAAGAGAGAGAACAGUUCAUAUUAGAGCCUCUGUUUUCUCCAGUGGUGACUUCUGGUGUAGGGGGAGAGCAGAUCCAUUUUCCUCAACCGAGUGGAGCCAAACAUACCAUCUGAGAGUAUCAGAUAAACCAAGACCCACGGUGAGGGCCGAUAAAAGACUCAUACCAGUAGGGGGCAACUUAACUCUCACCUGCUCUGUGGACAAUCCGACUGAGUGGAAAUACUACUGGUUCAGACACACUGGCAACAUUUCUGAAGUUCAGACCGUUGACGAAGGAAAAUCAGAAAAUGUCAUCAGUAUCUCUCAGGGAGGAGUGUACUACUGUCAGGGAGGAAGAGGAAGUCCAGUCUUCUUCACUGAAGAAAGUCAUCGGAUCACCAUUGAGAAAAGAGUUUCCAAUAUGGCUUCUGUUUCUCUGGAGCCUGACUGGCCCGUGAUUUACUCUGGAGAGACGAUCACUGUUAGAUGUGAGAUUUCUGGAGGUAGAAACAACGAAUGGGUUUAUGAAUGGAGCAAGCCAAUAUCAGAUACAUUACCAACGAAUGAAUACCGAAUUGUUGAUGCAUCUGAGUCCAGCAGUGGGAACUACAGGUGUUUGGGGAGAAACAAGCAGGAUCUGUAUUCAUCGACCGAGUGGAGCGACAUCACGACAGUCACAGUUUCUGAGCAGAGACCGAAGGCUCAAAUUAUUCCUGACAGAGACUCAGCAGGGGGCACUGUGACCCUAACCUGUUCUGUUAAACCAUCUUCAUCAUCAUCAUCUAGUUGGACUUACUACUGGUACAGAGUCGAGAUCGCCUCUAAACCUGUGGAACUGAAAUCUGAUACAAACGGAGAACUCGUUACGUCAGAGAAUGGAUUGUAUUUCUGCAGAGCAGGAAGAGGACGCCCAGUUUACUACACAGAGUCCAGUCAGUCAGUUACUGUCGACAUACCUGCGACAGACAAACAGAGACCUGUUGUGACUCAGCAGCCAAACUGGCCUAUGAUGUACUAUGGUGAGAAGGUCACUCUGAGAUGUCAGAUCCAGGGACAACCUACAGAUUGGGUUUUUGAAUGGAUUUCAUCCAGUGGGGAUGCACCAUCAACCCAAAAUGACAUACUUAGUUUAGAUUAUUCAUUUUCUAAGUACUACUGGUGUAGAGGCAGGAGGAAGAGUGAGCCACAGAAUGUCACUUGGUGGAGCGCUCCCUUUACGAGGAGAUAUGCUUCGUCACCAACGCCAGUCCUCACUGUGUCUCCAUCAUGGCUGAGUCCUGGAGCCUCAGUGACUCUGAGCUGUGAGGUGGAACAUCCAUCUGCAGGAUGGAGGUUCUACUGGUAUAAAGCUGUUCCUGAUUUAUUACCUAUUAUGGAGUUUGCUGCACGCAGACGUAGGAGUUUUUACUUUCCCAGUGGAUACAGGUUUGAAAACCUGCCUGGCACUAUCAAAGGGACUGUAGAGAACUCCUUCAUCAUUCAUGGACAGAAACAAACAGCAGGGUUUGCAUGUAGAGCUGGAAGAGGAAACCCAGAGCAUUUGACUGAUUACAGUGAACCAAAGUUUGUCUGGUCUGCAG